ACCAGCUUUUUCACUUGGUAGCAGUGGCUCCUUGGUGCCUUUUCCUCCAAGAUCAUCAGACUGGAGUUCCAGUGGCUUCAUACCAAUAUCUUGCUGUCCAGAAAAGUUGGAGAUGCCAGUUUCCCCAAACUCCUGCCUCCCCAGAUGUCUGCUCACUCUCAUUCUCCUCCAGCUCCCCAAGCUGGAUUCAGCCCUCUUUGACGUGAUUGGACCCCAGGAGCCCAUCUUGGCUCUGGUGGGUGAAGACAUCGAGUUGCCCUGUCACCUCUCCCCAAACGUGAGUGCUGAGCACAUGGAGCUGCGGUGGUUCCGGAAGAAGGUCUCGCCGGCAGUGUUAGUGCACCGGGACGGUGUGGAGCAAGAGGGAGAGCAGAUGCCUGAGUAUCGAGGGAGAGCCACGCUGGUGAAAGACAACAUCACUGCGGGGCGCGUGGCUGUGAGGAUCCACCCGGUCAGGGCCUCCGACGAUGGGGAAUACCGGUGCUUUUUCAGAAGGGGUGAAAUCUAUGAAGAGGCCAAGGUGCAGCUGAAGGUGGCUGCUUUGGGCUCUGAUCCUCACAUCCAUAUGGAAGUUCAAGACAGAGGUGAGAUCCAGCUGGAGUGCUCCUCAGUGGGAUGGUAUCCAGAGCCCCAGGUGCAGUGGAGAACUCCCGAAGGAGAGAAAUUUCCAUCCACAUCAGAGUCCAGCAAUCCUGAUGAGAAAGGCCUGUUCACUGUGGCAGCUUCACUGAUUAUCAGAGACAACUCCCUGGGAAAUGUGUCCUGCUGCAUCCGAAACCUGCUUCUUGGCCAGGAGAAGGAAGUAGGAAUUUCCAUACCAGCUCCCUUCUUUCCAAGGCUGACUCCCUGGAUGGUGGCUAUGGCCGUUAUUCUGAUGGUCCUAGGACUUCUCACCAUUGGGUCCAUAUUUUUCACUUGGAGAGUAUAUAGGCAAAGAUCCAGAGAGAGGAAGAAUGAAUUCAGCCCUAAAGAGAAACUUCUGGAAGAGCUCAAAUGGAAGAAGGCUACAUUGCAUGCAGUUGAUGUUACUCUGGAUCCAGAUACAGCCCACCCCCAUCUCUUUCUGUAUGAGGAUUCAAAAUCUGUCCGACUGGAAGAUUCACGGCAGAAACUGCCUGAAAAGCCAGAGAGAUUUGACUCUUGGCCCUGUGUGUUGGGUCGUGAGACCUUUACCUCAGGAAGACAUUACUGGGAGGUGGAGGUGGGAGACAGGACUGACUGGGUGAUUGGAGUGUGUAGGGAGAAUGUAAUGAAGAAAGGAUUUGACCCCAUGACUCCUGAGAAUGGCUUCUGGGCUGUGGAGUUGUAUGGAAAUGGCUACUGGGCUCUCACGCCACUCCGGACCCCUCUCCCAUUGGCAGGAGCCCCCCGCCGGGUUGGAAUUUUCCUGGACUAUGAAUCAGGGGACAUUUCCUUCUACAAUAUGUCUGAUGGAUCCCUUAUCUAUACUUUCCCCAUGGUCUCUUUCUCUGGCCCCCUCCGGCCCUUCUUUUGCCUAUGGUCCUGUGGUAAUAAGCCCCUGACCAUUUGCCCAAUCACUUAUGAGCCUGAGGGGGUCAUAGUGGUUGCUGAUGCCCAGGACCCUUUUAAGGAGAUCCCACUGUCCCCCAUCAGGGAAGACUCUGCAUCCAGGGAUACAGACACUCUCCAUUCUAAACUGAUCCCUACCCAACCUAGCCAAGGGGCAUCUUAAGGACCAUCCUAACUCAGCUGCUUUCUUUUUCUCUAACUCCUCUGCCUCAUCAUCUCUGAGGCUUCAGCUGUCAGCUUCAUUCAGCUCCUGUUUCUUCCUAUUAAAAAAAAAAAGAGAGAGAGAUAAAUUAGGCUUGGGAAGGUUGUGCUGCUACUGCUGCUAGAGAGGCUGGGUGUAAGACCUUCCUAAUCUGUGUCUGUACCAAUAUUUGGGGGUGGGGGGGUGACUCUUAAACCACUUCUAGUGCGCUCCUAUCUCUUGAGGCCAGAUCCAACAGGGAGGGACUUAGAGCAAACUCAAAGAACGGCUCAGGGAUCGAGGUAAGGUUAGGUUAGCAUGGGAUUGAGGUGGAAACAUUUUGGCAUCCAGAAUAGGGACAUGCAGAGGAACAGACUGUAGACAAGCAUAAAGCCCAAAGGUGUUGGGAAGGAAAGAUUCCAGGCUGAAAUCCCACAAAGGCAUUUGAGGGGACACCAGGGUGUUGGCAAGUGAGGUAAAACCCAGGACAACAAUGAACUCUAGAGUUUUGGGGGCCUAAUCUUAAAUUUUCCAUGCCAACCCAUAAAAUAAACAAUAACACCUGAGAAGAAUGUGCUCCUUAGAACAAUCAAUUGUAGGAGAUCAAAAGGACAUUUGCCCAAAAGCAAAGAUGAGAAGACAGGAAGGGGUAGAAAGACAAAAGGAAAUGGUGAACCCAGGACAGAAAUGGGGAGAGUGCUGACAAGCGGUGGGGAGUGAAACCAAUGUCACGGAAGACUUUACGUACAAACUAUUGAUUGGGGAACUAAUUUGUCCUGUAAACUUUCACCUAAGGCACAAUUUAAAAAAAUCCCAUGCCAUGUCCUACAGGGUGGAGGAGACAGGCCCUACUUCUAUGGGAUCUGGGUAUAGGAAAGAGGAAUAGAGAGGAGCUGGAAUGAGCAGGGCUAGAGGGGCAGACAAAAAGCUUGACAGAAGAGAGCAUCUUGGACAAAACUCAAAGUUGUCAGCAUGGUCGUUCCUCGAGCCCUGUCCCUCUUUGCCUCCUCCUGUUUCUCCCUUGCCUGGACAUCAGUCCAGUUUCAAUUUGUUAGCUCCACAAGUUCCCCAUUUUCUUCCUUCUGAUCUAGCAUCUCUCCAUUUCAAAGGCAUUUCCUAGGAAUUGUCCUCCAGAGAUAUUACCAUUACCGCUUCUCAGCCAGUUUCAGCUUCCUGCCCCCUCAGACCCCAUCCAACAUCCAAACCCCCCAAACACACCUUCGAUUUGCUUCAACUUCUAUCCAUUUCCACGUGGUGCCACCGUCCACUGUCUCCCCAUCUCCCCAGCUUCCCGACAUGCUGCUUCUCUUCGGCAUCCCCCAAAUGCUGCGUCAUCAUUCUUAAGAGUAACUGGCAAUACGAUCGCACCUAUUUGUAUUUGCCCCUGGCCAUUUUCCUGGGGUUUGUUUCACCAAUGAAUUCCAAAUUUAUCCAGGCUCGUACUUUGCAUUUUCAUUGUAUUCUUCCAGUUUCCAGCAUAGAUGUUGCCCAUGGUCUUUACCUAAUAAAUAAUUUUGUUCCAUUCCUGAAAGCAGCCUCUGUAUCUUCCUUUCUUCAUCCCAACAGGUGGAACUGAAACAAAAACAGAGGAAAGAAACCUGUGAGCAUGGAAAGCAGCUGGUAAAAGCAGUGCCAUUUUAUCUAGCUCAAGACCCAUCCCAGGCCUGAUGGCAGGCUGACAUAGACCAUGGGGGUCACAGUGUCAAUGGCUACCGUCAGCCUCUCUUUGGGUGGUGACUCCAUUUCUACCACCAGGAAGGUAACUGACUCCUGGUGUGGGUGAGUGAAGCCAUCCCUUCAAAUUAACUGCACUUUUCCCGGGAGGGGGGAUUAUUUGGGACAUCUUCAAGGGUAAUGCCUCAAAAUUAAAAAAAAUGAAAACAAAACUGAGGUGAUCUUUGGAAAACACCAUCCCAGAAAGGAGCUCUUUGGAUUCUUGCUUGAAGGCCCUCUUGGUCCAGAGAAAAGCCCAUUAGACCCUCUGUUGCCUUAAAUCACUGUUAGGAAUAGUCCCCUCGCAUAAAGUCUGACCUUAAUGCAAUUCAACCUGCGCUGCUGCCCAGUCACCAAAAGGUGGGAAAAUCAUCUUAUAUGUAUUCCUUCUACCGAGAAAUUGUCAAAAUCAGACCUACUACUUGUCACACUGCAACUUCACCAAAUCCAAAUUAUGUUCCCAGUAAACUAUUAUAUCCAUUAUUGCGCCAUAUUACAUGUCUCAUGAUUAAACUAAAAAGCAACUCUUCUAAAUUUUCUAUCUGCCACCCUCACAGAGGAUCAUAUCAAACUAAAACCAAAUGUUGACUCUUGGGUGGGAAA